AUGGUAGAAAAUUUCAUUGGUGCCACUUUGCAAGUUGAGCUUACAAACGGUUCCUCUUUAGAAGGAAUAGUUUCACAUAUUGACUCUCAUACUCAACUUUUAACUUUAAAAGAUGUAACAUUCAAUUCUAAUGAUGGAAACACCGAAAAAAAGGCAUUUUAUGGAGUACCUGGAACAGACAUUAAAGAUUUAAAAAUAAUUAAAGCUUCAUAUAAUCUAAAUAAUAAUAUCAUUACUGAACCAAUAAAUAGUAAUACUGCUACUAGCAAUAAAGCUGCCUCUUCUUCAUCUUCCUCAAGUAUAUAUUCUUCUACCACAACUGUUCCUACUUCACAACAAAAUGUGCUACUAUCGAAAUCUCCAUUUUCAGAUCCUGCAAUUAUUUCGUAUUCUUCUCAGGCACCAAACAUAGUCUCACCAAAUAAUCCAUUGAUUCAACAAGAAAAUACUUUUUAUAUUGAAUCCCAAACCCUAAAGAAAUCUUCAACUACUACUCAGACAACAGGUUCCAUUGCAGACACCGAUUCAAAAGGUGACGAGGAGGAGGAAAUACAUGAGGAAGAAAAUAAUUACGGACAUAAUUCAUCAUCAUCAAGAAAUAAUAAACCAAAUGGAUUUCAUAGAGGCGAUUCGAGCGCACUCGAAUCAGAUAAUGGAAUGUACAAUCACAAAAGACCUUCAAGGAGGCGAAGGAAUGGAAAUAGUAAUUAUUAUUAUAAUUAUUCUGAAAAUCAUUCAACAAGAAGACCUAGAAAAGGACGUAAUCAAACACAUGAAUGGGCAGGCGGUGAUGUAAAUGAAUUUAAAUCGGAGGAAUUUGACUUUCAGGGCAACUUGGAUUUAUUUGAUAAAGAAAAGGUUUUUGCAGAAAUUAGACUUGCAUCAAAUGAAAAUGUUCUUGAAUCUUCAUCUCUCAAGAUAAGAACUUUAACUGGAGUAUUUUGUCCAACCGUUCAACCUACACAGAUGGCAGAAGUUGAAAGACUUGCUGCUAUAGAAACUGGUCCUAAUGAAGAUCAGAUGAUUGAAAAUGCGGGAAGAGGUGCUUCGAUGAUGUGUCUUCAGGCACUUGGUGGAUCUAGACGUAUUCGACCAAAUAACCAUAAUGCAGCUCCACUUGUUGUAUUACUUGUCGGUAAUAAUAAAACUGGUGCAUAUGGCCUUGCUACCGCCAGACAUCUUGCAAAUCACGGAUGUCAUGUUAUUGCAUGUGUUGUUAGUAAAGAGAAAGAUUUGCUUAAGAGUGUUGCGCUUCAACAAAAAUUUUUACUUCCAACUGGUGGCAAAGUUGUUAAGACUGUAGAAGGUUAUCAACUUUCUUUGCAUGAUAUUUCGAACGAAUAUGAUAAAAGUUUAAUAUGUGAUCUGAUGGAAUGGGCUAAUAUCAAUAAAGCUCCUGUUUUAAGUUUGGAUAUGCCAAGUGGUGUUAAUGGAAACACAGGGUAUCCUGUUAACUCAGCUCACCAUGUUCGACCCAAAUGGACAUUAUGUUUAGGUGCUCCUAAAAAUGGAUGUAGAAAUCGAUCAAUAACUGGAGAAUUAUUUUUAGCUGAUAUUGGAAUUCCACGUGUUUGUUGGAAAAAAAUUGGAGUAAAAGGAUGGGGAAUGCCUUGGGGUAGUGAAUAUUUAAUUGGGUUGGAAUAUGAAUAG